AUUGGUAUCGAGCUCACUGAUGCGCGUAACGCUGUCUACUCUAGAGCAACGUCAUCGUUUGAGCAGCCAGCGGCGAUCAGAUGGUCGGAACUGAAUUUCCCUCCAUGUCUUAAUCUGGUGCAUUUUGAUCUUACGGAAUUACCGAGGAAU